UGUAACACUGUUGUUGGAUAUAACAACAGUUAUUCCUUGUCUUUGAAUUAUCACAAUCAAUGAACAUGAAUCCCAAUAAUUUUGUCGUGAUUCCAGGCAACAAAUCUGGCACGUCUGUUAAGUUAAAAGCAAGAAACCUUCGGGAGCUACGAUUAGAAACUCUGCGGCUCGAAAUAGACAGUGAUGUACUGGAACAGAGGUUGCAGCAGCUUCGACAAGCCAUGCGUAAGGAAAAGGAAGAACGGAAUGUCAAGAGCAGAUGGGAAUCUGGAAUGCAAACUACAAACAGGCGAUCAGGACCAUAUCAUUGGAAAUCUGGACAGAUGGGGAGUCUUGUAAAUCAUGCACAGGUAGUGCUGAGAAAUAAAGAAAAUGUUAAUCAGAAGAUAAUUUCUGGAAAGACAAAAAUCAGAAUACUGAAAGAUCAACGUGGAGAGCCUAGGAAACAUGCCAUCAUCGAUACAGCAGUUUGUGAAAGUGAAAAACUAAAAGUUAAGGGGAAAUUAUGUGGACAGUGUGAGAUCAGAAGUCCUGUGCUGGUUUGUGUGGAGUGUGGAGAAGAUUACUGUUCUAGCUGCUUUGCUAAAUUCCAUCAGAAGGGGGCACUGAAGCUUCACAGAUUUUCUCCUUUUCAGGCAGAGGAACAUGCAUCAAACAAUUCAUUGCAUUUAGUCAGCCAAUUUAAAAAACAAAUUGAAUCCGACCCACCUGUGAAUACUGAGCAGUUUCUGAAGAAACGAUUUUCAGUAAGAAAAUCUUCAUCCCAAAUGGCCACUCAACAACAUGCUGAGGUUCUUAACAGAGAACAAGAGGAUGGUGAAUCAGCUGCUUGUGAGCAAAGCAUCAGAGCGGAACAUUUGAGCAGUAACUCAUUAUUAAAUGGCAACUUUGAUGAGGAACAGUCAUUGCAAUCUUUCCAAGAAGCACUAAAAGAAUGGAAGGAGAGAAAACCUAGUGAAGCACAUUGGUCACCCAAAAUGUUUUCGGUUUCCACAGGGACAUCACAUGUUCAAGACAACCUGCAAAAUCUAAAAACACCAAUUGAAAUUCAAUUUAAAGAACACAACAUAAGCUACUUGGAGAAACUGCUACUGAAAAAGUACAGAAGAUCUCCAGUGGAAUUUUUUCAGGCUUCCUGUACAAGUGACUUAAGGUCCUUGUCGUCUUCAUCUUGUGAAGAAGAGAGUGACCAAAAAGAUGAAGAGCUCCUACUAACAGCUGAAGAGAUUGAAGAACGUGAAAACUGUUUUGCUCUUUUUAAAGUGGAUGAACCCUCUGAGGACACAGAGGCAGUCCCGUCAGUUUUGAGAAUUAUCGAAUUAGAAGAGACUGACAAUGACAUAUAUGAAGAAACUUCCAGUUACCUGGUUGAAGAAGCUGAUGGCAAUGAACAAGAAAAUAGACCAAGAAUUUAUGGAAGUUUCUGUGACACAAUGAACUCAUUUUUGAAACAUGAAAACAUCACAAUGUCAAGGAAUAUUGACACUUCACCCUUUCAAGCUUCAGACCGAAUUGAUUCUUCAGCCUUCAGUUGCACCUAUACAGUAGAAGAAAAUCAACAAUUAUCUCUCCAUGACGCAGAUGGAGAUUUAAUGGGAGAGCAGCACAAUAAUGAAGAUUAUUCAAUGGACCAGAAAGAUUCAAUUCCAAGCAGCAAGACGUCUUUGUCUCAGAUUGGAGUAAUGAAAGGAAAUCAUUGUGAUGGAAGGAUAGAUGCAGUCUCUCCUGAUUGUGGUAGUAAUUCAUACAGGAGUCACAAAUUUGUAAGCCAAAGCCUUGAGAGAACAAAUGUUAUCACUUCUAUAUUGCCAUCUCCAAGGACUUCGGUGUUUUCAAGUGUUGCAGUUGAGGACCCUUUUUCUACAUUGAAUGUUUCUGAGGAAUUUGACCAUAAGCUGCAGAUUGACAAUUUGGAAGAGAGCAAGAACACUGGUCUCACUGCAAAGCCAUCUGAUGAAUUGCUUAAGAUCGCCAAUUGCCAAGAUUUUGACACUGGCCACUACCUGGGAUUGGAAGGUUUCUUCACCUUGCAGUUGGAUCCUGCUCAAAUUGCUACAGAGCCCUUUCCAAGACGAGUAAUCAAUGACAAUAAACAAAUGUCAGAAACACUGAUCAAAGAAAAUGGAGACUGGCGACCAUGCAGCAGCCUCUACAAAUAUGCAGAUAACUCCAUUGUUAAUGAUGUAAUUGAUGACAUUCAGAGCAGACCUUCAAGUAGAUUUGGAAGGCAUACAUCCACAAAAGUGACACCAUGGGCAUUAUUAUCAAAAUCCACAACAGGAAGUCUGGGUUGCUCUGGGAGAAUAAUGGAUCCCACUUCAGUAGAAUCAUUACAUAAUGCAUCACAAGUUGCAACAAAACCUUUGAAUUCGUGGAAAAGACAUAAUAUUUCUCAUCUAAACUCUGCUGCUCCACCCCCACUGUCUGGAGCUGCAGCUGAAAUUUCUGAAGUUGAAAGCAUUGAUCAAGAUGAACCCUCUUUUGAAAAUGAUGCUGAUGAACAAACUUUAAUUGAAUUGGAGAUGGAGCUGAUGCAGACUCAUAAAGGUAUACACUUCUUCAAAGAAAGAAUGCAUACUCUAAUUCUUUUCAAGUACCAUUUUGCACUCUAUAUUUUCCAAGUUUCACGAUCAAACUGA